GGAGAACCAGAUAAGUCAUGUGGCCACAUUGAAACAGAAUCCAGUACUUUUGGUGACUCGAAAGCAGUGGCUACAUGUAUCUCAGUUAAUAGUGAAGAAAGAUCAGAGAAAACGGUUCCAAUCUACUGUGGGGGUCGUCCUAUACCAGAAUGUGUGACUCAAACAUCCACCCUGUCUGACUGCACUGAAAAGGGAAUUAGGUACGUUGAUGAGACCAAUGACUUCAUUUUGGAGAUCCAAGAGGGAGCCAUUCCCGAAGGAGAGAGACUCACGGUUGAUGUGGGAGUGGCUCUCUUUGGCCCAUUCCAGUUCCCAGAAGGUCUCAGACCCGUGUCUCCUGUGUUCUGGGUCUGCGUUCGUGACAAUGGAAGAAAAUUCCAGUUCUCGAAACCAGUCACAGUCACUAUCCCUCACUUCCUUGAUCUUGACAAUGAGGAGGAAAUCAAAUUUCUGGGUCUCACUUUCCUUAAAGCAAACCACAACAAAAACACUGCAGGACUGUAUGAAUUCCAGCCAUUAACAGAGGGCAAAAUGGACUUUAACACUCUCAGAACACAUGGCACUCUUAAAACCUCGCAUUUUUGCAGUCUCUGUCUGGCUGCUAAAUUCAUCCCAAGCAGUACACAGUUUUGCAUCACAUCUGUUCUUCCACGUUGUCCAAGUCCGGUGGGUAAGAAUGUCGGGGGUUGUUUCUUUGUUACCUUUCUCAAUCUGAAGACCUGUCUCGAAAACGUUGACUCUCUUAUUAAUAAAAGGUACAGAGAGGGGUAUAAGACACAGAGGGUGCCUUUUAGGUUCAACACUGACACCCAAGAUCCUGCACUUGAGAUGAACUUUUCUCAACCGAAGCAUGGUCGAAUUGGAUGGAAAGGAAGGGACACGGUUUUUCAUAGCGAAGUGGAUUUCUUUGUUAAGGACGAUAUUUCUGAGGGGGAACUACAGUGUCUGCAGAGUGACGAGUUUUAUCCUCCGCGAUUUGAAGUGUUCUUUGCCUCUUUGAAGGAGAACGCAACACUCGGUGAUGGCCAGAUUACCUUCAGUGGAGCCACUAGUGGCAUCAAGUUCAACUUAGACUUGGACCUUCCUGACUUUACAAGUCCUCCUGUAACCCAUCCUGCAGCUGAAACCGAGGUAGUAUCACAGAUUGAGCUCAAGCUGCUUGUCAUAGAUGAUCUCCAGGAUGUUAGGUCGAAGCUCAUGGAAGUAGAAACGAAGUGGAGGGAUAUUGGACUAGAACUGGGACUAAGAGACCCUCAGUUGGAGACGAUACAUCAAGCUAACCAUCAUGACGUCACAAGUUGUUUCACUGCCAUGUUGAGGCAGUGGCUAAAUAGGGCUUACAACACCAGUCAAUACGGAGAGCCAACACAGCGAAGACUGAGUGAGGCUGUCUGUCAUAGAGCUGGAGGAAAAAAUCCUGCCCUAGCUGAUGAGAUCCUGUACUAAUGCUCAUAUUAUACAACUGCAACGAGUUGAC